GCAUAUAUGUGUGUGUGUGUGAAGCUAUGAGUGUGAAUGUAACUGCAUGAGGGUGCGUCAGAGGAAAAAGGAAGUUGCGGGAUGAAGUUAAAAGCCAUCGACACAGUGCAGCCCUGCAGAACACCCACCACGGAAGAAAGGCAGAACGAGAGCGCCGAAGUCUGAAAAUGAGAUACUGAAAAGAAGACGAGGAGGUGAACACUGAGAAGAAAAGACACUGAACUGCCAGGACAAGCUACUGAGGAAAAGAUGGAACUGUGGCGGCAGUGUGCUAUGUGGUUGAUUGACUGCCGAGUUCUUCCUGAGAACCACCGGGUAACAUGGGAGGGCGCACAGGUGUGCGACCUGGCUCAGGCUCUAAGAGAUGGCGUGCUGCUCUGCCAGUUGCUCAACAACCUGCUACCUCACGCCGUCAACCUGAAAGAGAUCAACCUGCGUCCACAGAUGUCCCAGUUCCUCUGCCUGAAAAAUAUCCGGACGUUCCUGGGGGUUUGUCACGAGAGGUUUCAUCUCAAGAAAAGUGAACUUUUUGAGGCCUUUGACCUGUUUGAUGUUCGAGACUUUGCAAAGGUCAUCGACACGUUGUCCAUCCUGUCCCAUUCAUCGAUUGCAUUACAAAGAGGACUCCAGCCUUUUCCUUUGGAAGGAUGCACUCCUGAUGAGGAGAUCUACAGUGGCCUGUCUGACCAGAUAGAUGACACAGUGGACGAAGAUGACGACCUGUAUGACUUUGUGGAGGACGAGGAGAACGAAGGGGAUGAAAUCUAUGAAGACUUGAUGAGGACGGAUGAACCGCGUGAAACUCAGCCGAAGACUGGCAUAGACAAACGAGAGUGCUGCCUGCAGGAGAUCAGACAGACAGAAGAGAAAUACUCUGAUACACUGGAAUCUAUAUUACAGCACUUUAUGAAGCCUCUUGAAAGGUUUCUUCAGUCUGGAGACAUUGAGAGUAUCUUCAUCAAUAUAAAGGAGUUGGCUGUCAUCCAUCAUAAAUUGUUGGAGGAGGUUCGGAGCUCUAUCCUAAGUUAUGGUGCCAAAAAUCUCUACCAGGUGUUUAUUAACUACAAGGAGAGGCUCUUACUGUAUGGUCGUUACUGUAGUCAGGUGGAAAUGGCAACAAAACGCCUCGAUGAGAUUUCUAAUGCGAGGGAAGACGUCAGGAUGAAACUGGAGGAGUGUUCAAAGAGAGCCAAUAAUGGACGUUUUACUCUCAGAGAUUUACUGAUGGUCCCCAUGCAGAGAGUACUCAAAUAUCACCUGCUGUUACAGGAGUUGGUGAAACACACCACUGACCCAACAGAAAAGGACAACCUCCGUAUAGCUCUUGAUGCCAUGCGAGACUUGGCGCAGUGUGUGAAUGAGGUGAAGCGAGACAACGAGAUCAUCAGGCAGAUCACCUCCUUCCAGUUGUCCAUAGAGAACAUGACUCAGUCUCUAGGUCUUUUUGGUCGCCCCAAGAUCGACGGGGAGCUAAAGAUCUGCAGCUCGGAGAAAAAGUCUAAACAGGACAGGUAUGCAUUCCUGUUUGAUAAGGCCAUGUUUGUAUGCAAGAAGAAGAGUGGAGAGACUUUUGAGCUAAAGGAGAUUAUUGAACUACAGCACUACCAGAUACGAGAUGAACCCACAGGAGAGAAGGACAAAAAAAAGUGGUCCUACUUUUUCCUUCUUUUAAACUGCUAUGGGAGGUGUGGGUAUGAUUUAUUCUUCAAAACCAGAGAACUGAAGAAGAAAUGGCUGGAACAGUUUGAGAUGGCUCUGUCAAAUGUGUGUCCAGAGAACUCCACAGCCAACAACCAUGACUUCCAGAUGAACUGCUUUGAGGAGACCACCUGCUGCAAGGUGUGCUCGAUGCUGUUAAGAGGAACAUUUUUCCAGGGCUAUCUCUGCACUCGGUGUAAAAUGGCUGCACAUAAAGAGUGUUUAGGCAGAGUCCCUCCCUGCGGACGCAACUCAGACCAUACCGGUACUAUGAGGAAGAAUAAACCGCAGAGGUCCCCCAGACAUUCCAGCAUUGGAUUUCCUAAGAUGGAGGCACAUCAGGAGUACUUUGGCAUACCGCCACCUCCCGUGGGCUUUGGCCAACCACUUCACCUUUCCAAAGGUGACAUUGUUGAGCUGACCCGGGCUGAAGCUGACCUGGCCUGGUGGGAGGGACGAAACUUGACUGCCAGUCAAAUAGGGUGGUUCCCGUGCCAAAAGGUUCAGCCCUACAUCACUAGACCAGCACCCGACUUUUCUGGCUUCAGCUGGUUUGCAGGGAACAUGGACAGAACGGCGGCCAAAAACCUGUUAAUAUCCCGAUCUGAUGGAACCUUUCUGGUGCGGCAGAAAGAUGGAGGAGAGUUUGCUAUCAGCAUCAAGUUCAACAUGGACAUCCGACACAUUAAGAUCACAUCUAGUGAAGGCUUGUAUCGCAUCAAUGAGAAGAAAGCAUUCAAAGGUUUAACUGAGAUGAUUCAGUUUUACCAGAAGAACUCUUUGAAGGAGUACUUCAAAGAUGUGGACACCACUCUGCAUACCCCCUACAAACAACCUGAGCAAAGCAACUCGUCUAACAAUACACUGAAUGCCACACCAGGGGGCAGCUUGAAGGGUUUUGGUGUAGCGAGGGCCAGAUAUGACUUCUCAGCCAGAGACCGCACAGAGCUGUCGCUGCGGGAAGGAGAUACCAUCAAGAUCCUCUCCAAGAAAGGUCAAAGCGGUUGGUGGAAAGGAGAGGUGUACGGCCGGGUGGGGUUAUUUCCAGCAAACUAUGUGGAGGAGGACUACUCAGACUACUGCUGACAUAACUCCAGAGAUGUGUAGGUCCAUAUUUUGUCUGUAGGGGUCUAUGUGAUUCCUGGUUUCCUUCGAUUGCAUUAACCCAUAUGCACGAACGUGUGAGCGUGUGCGUGUGAGAGAGAUGGUGUUGGUUGUGAUCUAAUGACUGUCUAGGGAUGUGAAUAAAACUUUUGUUCAGCUAACCUGACGGUGUCUUAUGUACAUACCACUAACUUGGAACAAAGUGUACAUUUACACCCAGUGGUGUAUGACUGCUGAACGCCUUAUUUCAAAACCACAAACAUUGUACUACUUCUGUAACAAUCGCCUCUUGUCUGGAGGGUUUUUCACAAGAUUUUGUAACCUGGGAUUUGCUCCCAUUGAGCCACGACAGCAUUAAUGAGGUUGAGAACUGAUGUUGGACAGUAAGACCAGGCUCACAGUCAGCAUUCCAGUUUAUCCCAAAGGUGUUUGAUGGUGCUGUAGUCAGGGUUCUCUGUGUCGAUUUCAUCACCAAACUGUGAAAACAAUUUCCUUAUGGACCUCACGUUGUACAUGAGGGCACUGUCGAGUUAAAACUUGUAACAGCUUUUCCCAAAUUGCUGCCACAAAGUUGCCAACCCACUACUAAGUAUGAUUCUGUGCUCUAACAUUAAGAUUUCCAUUAACCCUGUAAAGCCUGACACAUCAAAAAAUAGCCAGAACAUUCUAAUGUUUUGGA